CCUCCAUCCUCUCAAACCCUCCAACAACCUCCAUCACCUUCUAUCACACAAGAUGAGCUUCCACGAGUCCGCUGUCCCCGGUUCCAUCCGCCUGGAGGGACCCUGCCUCCACGCUCUCCUCCGCGACGAGCAGGGCGGCGAGCGCCCCGCCAUGGUUGACCUGGAUCAAUUCAUCGGCAACAAUGACGGCCACUUCCAAUGGGGCGGCAACAACUUUUUCGAGACUGCCCGCGGGGUGUACUUCGACAUCGAGGGCGGUGCCAACGUGCCCGUCCUCCGCGCUGAGCUCCGCGACGAGCAGGGUGGCUGGCGCACCGCCGACGUCAACCUGGCCGAGCGCCUCUUCAACAUCAACGGUCGCUUUGAGUUCCAGUAGUUAUUGAGAUACCUUGAAUUGAAUUCUUUGUUUUUGUUCAUAUUUCUUGCGUCCGGGACCUCGAUCCACGGAGGGAUCGAUUGUAGAGGGGUCGUCGUCAGAGCAUUACAGAAUAUUAGG